GCUUGCGUCCAGCUCAGACCAAAUUCCCGACCAGACGCAACCGUCCGCGAGAAGAAACAAGCUCACGAUAGCCCUCGGCAACGCGACCCGAUAGGAGCCGUCCCGUGCCUGUUCGUCUCAGCUCGUCUCUGAUCUUUGGAGGUCCGGUUUCUACAAUCUGCAAAACAAAGGUAAUCCUAAUUCUGAGAACAUGAAUCAAACCUGGUUGUUUUGUAAAGAUUGAAACCCUAAAAGAUAAUCUCUAAAACUAAAAGCCAUAGGUUAAAUAGAUCAAUCCCCUAUGAGUAAAUCGGAGCUCUAUAAGUUCGAUCUAAACCUAAGAACGAGAUUGAUCCAUUGAUCAAUUAAAAUCAGAACCUUAAAGGUUUUGAAUCUCAAAUCAAAUCCCCUUGAUCAAAGAUCAAAGUUUUCGAAAUCCCCUAAAACCCUAAUUUUGGAAUCGAAAAACCCUAAACCUAUAAGCUUGAAAUCGAUUUUAUUUAUUCUUGUUUGAUUGAUUGUUUUGAUAAAAUAUGAGGUUUAUGAUUGUUAGAUUGAUUGAAAUAAUCUGAUCUAGAAUUUAAAUCUUAAAGGCCUUGAAACCUUAAUCUUAAAAUCAAAUUCUACUAAUGUUUAAAUCGGAAACCCUAGAAUUGAUUAAGGAUUGCUUGCAUACAUAUGAAUCUGAAUAUGAAUUGCAUUCAUACUGUUUAAAUAAGAAUCGACCAGCAUGUAGUUUAUACAAUCUUGAAACCGUUUGCAUUAAGUAGAACUACAUGGUCGUGUGGCUUGAUGAUUGUUUCGCACCAUGGUCGAUUAGAUUGCUUGAUUUUCAUAAAUGCGUAAGACAUGUUUGUGGCCGAGCUUGUUGAUUAUCUUGCGGCCAUAUGAUCACAUUGUGAGACUUAAUUUUGAAUGAUGAUGUGAUUCAGAUGUCGAAAAUCUCAAACAGAGACUAUGCAGCCCUUAAUCUCUCCGGAGAUAACUACUUGCAGUGGGCGCUAGAUACAAAGAUCAGUCUAAGGUCAAAGGGACUUGGUGAUACUAUCAUCAAGGGCAACAAUGAGACCGAUAAGAAUCGGUACACGGCUAUAAGUAUUAUACGCCAUCAUCUCAUUGAAGGUCUAAAAGAUCAGUACAUCAUAAUGGAAAAUCCACUAGAACUUUGGGAUGCUUUACAGCAUAGAUAUGAUCACCAGAAAAUGGUGUUACUUCCAAAGGCUAGAAACGACUGGAAGAAUCUCAGAUUCUUGGAUUAUAAGUCGGUGGAUGAGUACAAUUCAGUCUUAUUUAAGACGGUCUCGAUGCUGAGACUUUGUGGUGAAGUAGUAACCGAAGAAGAGUUACUUGAGAAGACUUACUCUACAUUUCAUUCAUCGAAUGCAAACAAUGAGCUCCUGAUGAAGAACAGUGAAGCUAGACCUGUUGGAAGAGCACCAUUACCGGAGGCUAAUGAGGUUGAAAGGAAAGAACCCAACGAGUGCAAUUAUGUCCAAAAUGACAAAAGAUCACACGGCAAAGGCCGAAGUGGAUACAAGGGGCGUGGCCGUGACAAUUACUCGAACAGCCGAGACAACUACUCGACCGGCCGGAAAGGAAACCACAAUAACCGUGGUCGUGGUUCCAAUUAUGGUCGUGGCCGAGGUAAUUAUGGCUGUGGUCGAGGCGGCAUAUCCAAACCGUCUUACUCGACCAAAUCCGUUUGUCACAGAUGUGGAAUGGGAAACCAUUGGGCCAAGAACUGUAGAACCCCUAAGCACUUAUGUGAGCUCUACCAAGAAAGUCUGAAAAACAAGAACCCGGAGGCUCACAUGGUUCACGAUUCCGGAUAUGAGGCCGAUAAUGAUUCCGACAUUGCUAAAGAUGACCAGAUGGACUUUGAGACUUCUGAUUGUCUCAAGGACUAAAUUUCGAUACGACUUGUCUUAUUGCUUUAUGUUUUGCUUUUAUGUUUCACGAUUUUAUAUAUAUAUAUAAUAAGAAUUGAUUUUGAAUUCAUUAUCUUGCCUGAUCUUACUUGAACAUAUAAAUGAUUUUAAAGAGUUGCCUAAAUGGCAUAAAACCAAGUAAGAAAUCAUGAAUGUGUAUAGUAAGCUUAGUAAAGAAACUAUGGCUAAGACAUUGCCUAAAGGGCGUUAUACACACCCAAUGAUAUGUGACCCAUUGAAUUAUAAAUGGUUUCCAAAUAGAAACAAUGGGCAAGAAGGAAACAAGUUCCUUCGGUUUUAAAGA